UAGAAAACACCAUGAGACUCUCAUCAUCGUCAUCGGCCUGGACUACAUUGCUUCUCUUCUUUGUCAUUCAAGGAGCAUCAAGAGCUUGCACAGUGAAGAAACUAGGCAGCAACACAGGCAGAUUCGCCAAUGCCACUUUGGUGCGCCUCUCUGAGUUUCUGAGUGCGGGCUACAAGAAGGGAGUACGACCGGUGAAGGACUGGCGAACAUCCACCCUUGUGGCCAUUGACCUCAUGGUUUACUCCAUCCUCAAUGUGGAUGAGAAGAACCAGGUUUUGACAACCUAUGUCUGGUACAGACAGUCAUGGACAGAUGAAUUCCUGGUCUGGAAUCCAGAGGACUUUGAUGAGGUCAAACAAGUUUCACUACCAACUGCCAAUGUGUGGGUGCCCGACAUCCUCAUCAAUGAAUUCGUUGAUGUGGGAAAGUCUCCUGACAUACCGUACGUCUAUGUGACUCACAACGGGUUGGUGCGCAACUACAAACCCAUCCAGGUGGUCACCGCCUGCACACUCAACAUCUACAACUUCCCCUUCGACGUCCAGAAAUGCAGCUUGACCUUCCAAAGCUGGCUCCAUACAAUUGAUGACAUCAACAUCACGUUGAUGCGAAGCCCCGAAGAGCUGAGAGAGGACAAGAGUGUCUUCAUGAACCAGGGAGAGUGGGAGCUGCUGCACAUUUUGUCCAACUACAAAAUCUUCAGUGUGGACAAUGAUGACUACUAUGCUGAGAUGAAGUUCCAUGUGGUGAUCCGCCGACGGCCAUUAUUCUACACAGUCAACCUGUUGCUGCCCAGUAUCUUUCUGAUGGUGAUGGACAUUGUGGGCUUCUAUCUUCCACCUGACAGUGGUGAGAGGGUUUCCUUCAAGAUCACAUUGCUGCUGGGAUACUCUGUCUUCCUCAUCAUCGUAUCUGACACUCUGCCUGCUACCGCCAUCGGAACUCCACUGAUAGGUGUCUAUUUCGUGGUUUGUAUGGCCCUCUUGGUGAUCAGUCUGACGGAAACAGUGCUGAUUGUGCGUCUGGUCCACAAGCAGGACCUGCAGCCUCCAGUCCCCCACUGGCUGAAAUACCUGGUUCUGGAGAGAGCUCCAGCCCUCUUCUGCAUCCACCAGAAGCACCGACUGUGCUCCAGAUUGUCCUCCCAGGCCUCUGACCUGGAUCACUACAAGGACAGCAACUAUGGGACUGCUCAGUGUACACUCCAUCACACCUGCGAGAUCGGCCGGCAGCAUGACAGAGAAGUUGGCCUCUUGGGUCGGGGCCUGCUCCCCUCCAGGGAUCCGUCCCCGCCCAUCAUGAACAACAUCCUGCAGGAGGUGAUGGCGAUACGUAACUUCUUGGAGAAGCGGGACCAUUGCCGGGAGGUGGCUAAGGAGUGGCUGCAGGUGGGCUACGUUUUGGACGUGCUGCUCUUCAGGUUCUACUUGGUGGCCGUGGUGGCGUACAGCAUCACGCUGGGCACAUUGUGGUCGGUGUGGCAGGUCGCCUGAGUUUUGACGGCAUAACUGUUUUAUGCUAGCUUCAUAGGACAAAGUCGCUAAAGUUUGGAGGCACUGGUGUGGUAAUGCAACAGCUAACCAUGUAGUUACAAUCUUUGCACAUCCACACAUCACAAUUCCUCAAAUAUACCUGAUGACUAGUUCAGGUUCCAACUGGGACAACUCAAGGAUGUCCACAGUGAUAUAGCCUCACUUCUUUAAACAUUUAUGAUUAAUAAUGACAUACUAAUGGAUGCCAUCAGUAGUAAGUAGAUAUUUUGAAUGGAAACAAGACCAUAUCAGUGUUGUUUUUGGAAGCCGUUUUCGUUUUAGUCUUUUGGGCAAAAUUACUUUUAGUAGUUUUAGCCUCAAUUUAGUCAUUUGUAUAUGUAAUAGUUUUAGUUCAGUUUUGGUCAACGAAAACUGUGAAAAGUUUUGGUAUAGUUUUAGUAUAAAAAAAGAAAGCAAGUGAAACAAAAAUAUGUUUUGAUAGCUUAUUAAUGACCUAAGCCUUAUGAGCUAUGAUGUUCUGAGCAAUGGCCAAAAUUAUAAACUGUAUUGUUGAGUUAGUUUGUUUGUUUGUGUGUGUGUGUGUCCCCAUCUUUAGUUUAAGCAUGCUGCUAAUGUUACAGAAGCCCAGUGUGCUGUUCAUUUAGACACGGGGAACAGCAACAGGUCUAAAAUGGUACAUUUCCCUCCAUGUUUCUGACAGUUACUCAUACAUGACUUUACAUCUGCUGCCUGAGCAAAAAUCCCUGCAUGUUACAAAUAACAGUAACAGUAACACACACAUAAGCUAAUGAUGUGGCAUUAGCACAACAAAGCUAACUUUAACUUGAAGCUAGCAAGUAGCCCAUUUGUGCCAGGAGUAACUUGAAGCUUACUAUGAAAUUGAUCACAAGCCGAUUGUCAAGUAAAAUGAUCUGUAUAAAAUAUGUUAACAGUACCGGUUCUUAAUCAUACCUUCCAAUGAACAUCGGCAUGGUGAGCCAAAUUUGAUACUUUUUAGCUUUUGGCAGACAUUACAUGCACAAUAGCCAGAAAUGUUAGCAUUUUGAACUUCGGCCAGACCUCCCACUAACAAUUCUGUCCAGGCUGGUCUUGUCAAUGAAAAUUUGCACACGCCUCGUUGUGUUUUAGUCAUCAAAGAGUCGUGUCCUCCUCAACUUUAUGCGAUUGUUAUGAAAAAAAGGGCAUCAACAUUUUUUAAUCGUCAUUGUUGAAGAAAAAAAACACUGGAUCGUUGCUAAAAUGUAAAUACAUUUUCAUUUUUUAACCAUAAAACAAACACAUAGCUUGUACAAACUGUAAAACAAUGAUUAUCAUGGAAGCAUAUAUAAAUGUGCUGCAUAUACUGUAACUAACAUAUAUAUAUAUUAAUAUAUAAUCCUUUUACCCUAUGCAUUUGUGAUUUGUUUCCCCUUGCAUGUCCCCUUGUAAUAACUUCAUCAAAUAUACCUGUACAGUAACAUCUACUGUUAAUUAUAGCGUCAUGUUUAUGAUGUGUAACCCACCACCUUAUCCACGCCAUUGAAUUUCAUUACUAAUGCGGUGAUUAAUAAAAGCGAAAAGCAUUUGUCUGAAAGUGCUGUAAUUCACCCAAACAGCCACAAGGUGACGUUGUGCACUGCCACAUUGGUCCGAAACAGCAGCUGGCUUCAUUAAAGAAAGAGCACCGAAUUCUUCAAGAAUAAAAGCUUAUUUUAGAGUCGAGCUUGUGUUGUAAUAUUACUUUGUUUCAUGUAUUAAUGAUAACAACUAACAAUAAUAACAUUCCACAUCUGAACAUACUGUAUCAUGGCCAGCUCAUUUUUGCUCUUAUAUAUAAAAUAUAAUAUGUGACUUCAAACAUUUGC